CAGACAACUGAGCUGCCAAAUCCGCUGGAACCAGCCUGGAUGACUCGAGGUGACCUGCUGCCUUCACAACCAUACUUCAGGACUGUGUCCUCAAUGCCUAUCCUAGCGCCAAACUGAUUUUGUAUUUCAUUUUGAUUUUGGUCUGAUUUCAAUUUCGAGUUGAGAGAACCGCAAUUCUGGCUAUUAGAUAGGUGUUCCUAGCAGCACGACAUUCGGAACAUCAUUGGUAUCGACAACCUCGAGACUCCGCAGCGCAACGCACCAACCACUUCGCCCAAGAUGGUCGAUUCUUGGAAUAUAUUCAGAAUCCUGGGAGAUUGCUCCCACCUCGCUUCGAAAUGCAUUCUCAUGUUUGCGAUCCAUAGGAACAGGAGUUCCGAGGGUGUUUCCCUUAUCACGCAGAUCCUCUACGCCGUGGUAUUCUGCACGAGGUAUCUCGACAUAUUCCGAGAAAGAUAUGCGUGGAACCUGUUCUUCAAACUAUUCUACAUAACGUCGUCUCUUUACAUUGUUGGUAUCAUGCAAUGGGUAUAUCCCAGGACGCGUGAAAGGGAGGUAGCGUGGAAGCUCGGCGCGGCGGUUUUUGGCGGCUCGCUCGCUAUCUCCCCGUUCGUUAUGAUGAUACUCGAAAACUCGUGGGGUUUCAGCACGUGGCUCUGGGACUUCUCGGAGAUUCUCGAGUCUGUCUGUGUGCUUCCUCAACUUCUCCUCUUGCGACAAACCACCGUUCCAACCGUCAUCGACUCUUACUACCUGUUGACCCUCGGUUCUUAUCGGGCGUUGUACCUGGUGAACUGGAUCUUGCGAUCGGCAGACCCAGCAGGAAGGCCACCUAAUGCGGUCUCUGUCAUAUUUGGUAUAAUCCAGGUUGCUCUCUAUGUAGACUUUGCCUGGGUUUACUACACGCGUCAACGAGUCAAGCUCCGAAAUGGAGGUGUGGUCGACGCUGACGACAUGCGCCGGGGUUGGCUUCUCAACCGCAUCUUUGGUAACAAGCACGUCCAAGUUGACGAGGAGGAUGAAGAGAACGCGCCUGGGCUGGGAGGCCACGGUGCCAACGGAACACAGCCUCGAUCUUCACGGGCGAAGUGGGGCGCUAGGGGCAUUUCCAUCAGCGCCGACGACGGUGUUCAUGAGCACGAGCAAGGACGCUCAGAUGGCGAGCACAACAUCGAUGCGUCUGUUGAUCCCGAUGCGCGCAUGAAGGACCCCGAUGAGCUGGCGAGAGCGCUCGAUCUUGACGACGAUGAUGACGAUGACGAGCAUGCGCCAUUGGCGGCAUCUUCAGCUGCCCCUGGAAGAAGUAGCCUGGCUGCCGGAAACUCAAGCGGAGUCCGGAAUGAUGAGUGGAAUGAUUGAGCAAACGGGGAUAGCCGAAAUGACAUAUGAGGGAUGUAAAUGCCGAAACACCCCAUUUUAUGGAGGAAUUCACGGGUUUGUCUACCACUUGCGCCAGUACGUGCAAAGUUUAUUUGCGAUAGCAUCUCUAGCGAUGUUUCUUUCGGGAGCUUUCUUGUUGACGUUUGCUUCUUUCAUAUCUUCUGGCCUUGAGACUGUCGAUGUUGACCUAUGUGUACUAAUAACAGUUAUCCUGUGCAACUACGUCUAGACCUAGACUAGACCAAAGUAGAAUGAAAUUCAC